AUGGCGGAAAAUGAAUCCCCGGAACCGCGCAUCUACAAACAUGAUGACAAGGCCAGCACGCUCCUUCCUCUGCUAGCUUCUCAUCUACCACUCUCUGCUGCACUUCUGCGACGUAUCCAGCAUGGAUUCGCCUACCCAGCUCCCACUGCCAAGAUCUUAGCCACAUUCCCCCCAUCGGCCUCCGUAUCCCCUGACAAGCCAUGGCUGGCUGCACGGGUGGAUCUUUUCCGCGGCCGCGAGACCCAGAUCAUCCUCUAUUCCAGCCUUGAAGCGGAGCACACGUCAAUCCAGCCGAUCGGUUCUGGCGGAGCUGAACCGGCUGUCACCGUCACCCCUAGUGACGGGUCCAGUCCCGGCGCAGUGGAAAGCAACAAUCACGCCAGUCCCGAUUUUAAUUAUACAGUUGCUACACUGGACUCGGCUAACCCAGCUUCUCUGCGUCUGGCCCGUGAGCAACUAUUGGCUUUGCUCGCUUAUAUCAAAGCCAAUCUGUUGCCGGAGUACCUGGCUUCCCUGCCACCUGACAGUGAGAAGAAGUCAGCUGAAGCGCAGUCGCGGAAUGGUGUUGCCUUGAUCCCUGCACCGGAUCCUAAGGCUUUUCUAAUUGGAACACUGCAUACGGGCCUGUUUACUUUGCUUUUGGAGUCGGGUGUUUUCCCGCAUCCUGAUGUGGGGGACGCGUCACGUCUAAAGCUUUUGCCUGGGCUGAAGGUUCAUCGGUAUGAUAACCCGCCGUAUGUCAAAUAUUUCUUUCCCCGGGAGGCGUUCACGAUGCGGGAUGAUGAGGCUGAAAUUCCGUUGCCGGCUGGGUACCGGUUCCACGAUCGGAAGGGAAGAAGAGGUGUUUUGGAUUCGCAUUUGAGUCUUGUGCAGAGUCGGACGAGUAUUCCUCGGUCGAGGGCGCAAUUGUCCAGCCUGGUUGGUAUGGCGAUUUACUAUGAUUCUGAGCCUGAGACGGAAGGCGAUGAGGAUGAAAUGCCUGUUGCGUGGGCUUUCCUGGGUUGUGAUGGGCCGUUGGCCACUUUGCACGUUGAGCCUGAGCAUCGGGGCAAGGGCCUCGCGCUCUGCUUGUCCAAGGAGACUAUGCGGCGCGGUAUGGAUCCUACCGGGAUUUUUGGGGCUGAUAGACUUGAUUUUGUGGAUGAGAAGCUGCGGCAAAAGACUACCGCUUGGGUGCAUACUGAGGUUGCACAGGCUAAUAAGGCCAGUCGGAGGGUUAUGGACAAGGUUGGUGGAGAGGUUCUGUCGACUGUGAUGUGGGUGGUAAUCGAGCUUUGUGAUUGA